UCCCUUUGCCCCCAGCUAGAGGACUGUGCCCUGCAAGUGUCUCCGUCUGGAUACUACCUGGACCCUGAGCUGUCCCUAGAAGAGCAGCGGGAGAUGCUGGAGGGCUUCUUUGAAGAGAUCAGCAAAGGGCGGAAGCCUACUCUGAUCCUGCGGACCCAGCUCUCUCUGAGAGUCAAUGCCAUCUUAGAAAAGUUGUAUGGCUCCAGUGGCCCUGAGCUCCGCCGCUCCCUCUUCUCACUAAAGCAGAUCUUCCAGGAGGACAAGGACCUGGUGCCUGAAUUCGUGCACUCGGAGGGGCUGAGUUGCCUAAUCCAUGUGGGCGCUGCUGCUGACCACAACUACCAGAGCUACAUCCUCCGAGCACUAGGCCAGCUGAUGCUUUUUGUGGAUGGGAUGCUGGGGGUGGUGGCCCAUAGUGAGACCGUGCAGUGGCUGUACACACUGUGUGCCAGCCUGUCCCGCUUGGUGGUGAAGACAGCCCUGAAGCUGCUGCUGGUGUUUGUGGAAUACUCUGAGAGCAACGCACCACUGUUCAUCCGUGCAGUCAACUCUGUGGCCAGCAGCACGGGUGCUCUUCCAUGGGCCAAUUUGGUGUCCAUCCUGGAGGAGAAGAAUGGCGCUGACCCCGAGUUGCUGGUGUACACUGUCACCCUCAUCAACAAGACUCUGGCAGCGCUCCCGGAUCAGGACUCCUUCUACGACGUGACGGAUGCACUGGAGCAGCAGGGCAUGGAGGCACUGGUCCAGCGCCACUUGGGCACCGCGGGCACUGACGUCGACCUGCGCGCCCAGCUUAUGCUUUAUGAGAGCGCCCUGCGGUUGGAGGAUGGGGACAUCGAAGAAGCCGUCGCAGGUGGGCGGCGCAUCACCCGCCGAAAACCUUCCUCAGAGGAGGGCAAGAGGAUCCGCCGAUCUCUAGAAGUGCGCUCCCCGGAGCCUGGCUCCACAGGCCCCGCCUCACCAGUAGUCUCCACCUCCUCCGCCAGCCCUGUCUUGCCGACCGGCCCCACCUCCAGCCCCGUAGGCCCCGCCCCACCUACAGGCCCCGCCUCCAGCGCUGUGGGCCCUGUCUCCGGCCUCCAUACCACCUUGAGCCUCUUUCCUAACAUCUCCGUGACGCCCUCACACGACAGCUCCUGCGAGAGGAGCAUCUACAAACUUCACCAAACUGCUCCUGUUUGGGCCCGUGAGAGCCCAUCUGUCCCCCAGUUCCCUACUGGGCAGGCCAGGCUAGAAGCCCGGUUCCUGGAGAAUGUAGCAGCAGCAGAAACAGAAAAGCAGGCUGCGCUGGCCCAGGGCCAGGCAGAGACAUUGGCUGGAGCCAUGUCCGAUGAUGUCGAUGGACACCCAGACACCCAAGAAUUACGGGGCUCCCCAGAACCAGCCCCUGCGCCCGGAACACCCCAGAGCGCUGCCCCUCAAAUCCUGCUCUGUACUCGGCACAGCCUCGAGCCAGAGCCCAAGGAGCCAUUGGCCCCACCAAGCCCCAAGGCUGAGCCCGUCCGGGAGCUCCCUACCAGUGUAUCCAGCCUCUGCAUUGGGGACCUGGACUUCUCAGAUCUGGGGGAGGAUGAAGACCAGGACGUGCUGAACAUGGAGUCUGUGGAGGCGGGGAAAGGGGUCCUGCCCCCGCCACCCCCGCUCCCGGGAGGCCCCCCACCUCCUCCGCCCCCACCCCCCCCACCCAUCAAAAGCCCCUUCCCACCACCACCCCCAGCUGCCACUCUUCCCCCCUCAGCACCUGAUGGCCUAGCCCUCCCCACCAAAAGGAAGACAGUAAAACUCUUCUGGCGGGAGCUAAAGCUGGCUGGGGUCCAUGGGGGCUCUGGCAGCCGCUUUGGGCCCUGCCCCACCCUGUGGGCCUCACUAGAGCCUGUCGCAGUGGAUACAGCCCGGCUAGAACACCUGUUCGAGUCCCGUGCCAAGGACGUGCUGCCUUCCAAGAAAGCUGGUGAGGGCCGCCGCACAGUGACCACCGUGCUGGACCCCAAGCGCAGCAACGCCAUCAACAUCGGCCUAACCACGCUGCCACCUGUGCACGUCAUUAAGGCUGCCCUGCUCAACUUUGAUGAGUUUGCUGUCAGCAAGGAUGGCAUUGAGAAGCUACUGACCAUGAUGCCAACAGAGGAGGAGCAGCAGAAGAUUGAGGAGGCCCAGCUGGCCAAUCCUGACAUGCCCCUGGGCCCAGCCGAGAACUUCCUGAUGACUCUCGCUUCCAUUAGGGGCCUGGCUGCCCGCCUACAACUCUGGGCCUUCAAGCUGGAUUAUGACAGCAUGGAGCGGGAAAUUGCAGAGCCACUGUUUGACCUGAAAGUGGGCAUGCAACAGCUUGUGCAAAAUGCCACCUUCCACUGCAUCCUGGCCACCCUGCUGGCUGUGGGCAACUUCCUCAACGGCUCCCAGAGCAGCGGCUUUGAGCUGAGCUACCUGGAGAAGGUGUCAGAGGUGAAAGACACGGUGCGCCGACAGUCACUGCUGCAUCAUCUCUGCUCCCUGGUGCUCCAGACCCGGCCUGAUUCCUCUGACCUCUACUCAGAAAUUCCUGCCCUGAUCCGCUGUGCCAAGGUGGACUUUGAGCAGCUGACUGAGAACCUGGGGCAGCUGGAGCGCCGGAGCCGGGCAGCUGACGACAGCCUGCGGAGCUUGUCCAAGCACGAGCUGGCUCCAGCCCUGCGUGCCCGCCUCACCCACUUCCUGGCCCAUUGUACCCGCCGUGUUGCCACGCUGAGGGUCGUGCACCGCCGUGUCUGCAACAGGUUCCAUGCCUUCCUGCUGUACCUGGGGUACACAGCGCAGGCAGCCCGUGAGGCGCGCGUCAUGCAGUUCUGCCACACGCUGCGGGAGUUCGCACUGGAGUAUCGGACUUGCCGGGACCGGGUGCUGCAGCAGCAGCAGAAGAGGGCCACGUACCGUGAGCGCAACAAGACCCGGGGACGCAUGAUCACCGAGACAGAGAAGUUCUCAGGUGUGGCGGCUGGGGAAACCCCAAGCAACCCAUCUAUCCCAGUGGCUGUGAGCAGUGGGCUAGGAGAGGGUGAUGCCGACAGUCACGCCAGCAUGAAGAGUCUGUUGGCCAGCAAGCCCGAGGACACCACACAUGGCCGCCGCAGCAGAGGCAUGGUCCAGAGCAGCUCCCCAGUCAUGCCCAUAGCAGUGGGGCCCUGCACUGUACCCCCAGAAGAACAUCCAGGCUCCAGUUUACCCAGUGACACUUCAGAUGAGAUCAUGGACCUGCUGGUGCAGUCAGUGACCAAGAGCAGUCCUCGUGCCUUAGCUGCCCGGGAACGCAAGCGUUCCCGUGGCAACCGCAAGUCUUUGAGACGGACGUUGAAGAGCGGGCUCGGAGAGGACCUGGUACAGGCACUAGGACUGAGCAAGGGUCCUGGCCUGGAAGUGUGAAGGUGCUGCCUCCACGAUACCUAUCUAUCUGGGCCCCAGCCUGCAGUGCAGGAGACUAUGGUGAGGAGGGACCAGAGCACGAUUCUGGGCCUCUUCUCAACUCGAGGGCCACUCUGUGCCCGUGGCCAGUGCCAUGAGCAGUAUUAGCUGUGUGUGCCUGUGUGAGCGUGCGUGUGCAUGUAUGAGCUCCCUGGACACGUGGAGCAUAAUAAAGUUUUCCUA